AUGGAUGGUCAGGAGAUGCCUUCUCCUUCCCGGACCGACUCCUCUGAGGAAAUCAGCUCAUCCCUGCACCUGACUAAGGGCAUGUCCAUCUUCCUGGAUAUUUUGAGAAGAGCAGAUAAAAAUGAUGAUGGCAAGCUAUCCUUUGAAGAAUUCAAGGCUUACUUUUCUGAUGGGAUUCUCAGUGCUGAUGAAUUAAGUGAGCUUUUCCACACGAUUGAUACCCACAAAACCGACAACCUGGACACAGAAGAACUGUAUGAUUAUUUUUCACAGCACCUGGGGGAAUAUGAAAGUGUUCUUGCAGCCCUGGAAGACCUCAACCUCUCAAUCCUGAAGGCAAUGGAUAAAACAAAAAAUCAAUAUCAAACCGCCUCAAAACUGGAACAGUUUGUGACACGUUUUUUGUUGAAGGAGACGCUGAACCAGCUGCAGUCUCUUCAGAAUUCCUUAGAAUGUGCCAUGGAAACUACGGAGGAGCAAACGCGAUUAGAAAGACAAAUUCCAGCAAAGCCAGAGAUGCUAGCAAUUCCAUGGGGAGGAAAACGAUCCAAUCGGAGGCUUCAGAGGAACAACAGCUUUUCCCCAAACAGCCCCCAGUUUAGCAUGGGCUUGUUAGAGGAAGACAACCAGUGGAUGACCCAGAUAAACAGACUCCAGAAACUGAUUGACAGACUGGAGAAGAAGGAACUUAAGAUGGAGCCCCUAGAAGAAGAGGUUAUAGAGGGAAGCACCACAUCGCAUAUAAUGAUAGUUCAGCGCCAAUUAUCUGUGCUAGCGGAGGAAGGGGAAGAAUUCCGCCUGGCGCUCAAACAGUAUGUGGAGUCCGUCUCGGCUCAGACGGGAUGUUUACAUGUCGCAGUGCAGACGUUGGCGAAUGAGCCACGCUUCAUUGUUUAUGAGUUUUGGGAAAACAGUAACAUUUGGAAGAAUCACCUUCAGACCAAUUACAGCAAGACUUUUCAAAGGAGUAACGUUGACUUUCUGGAAACUCCUGAGGUCAUGACAACGAUGCUGGUACCCGCUUCGUGGUGGGUCCUCAACAACAAUUAAGACCUCCAGAGCUUCGGUGAUGGCAGCAGCAAAUAUCCGAUUCAUUCUUGAGACCAGUACAGCUAUAUAUGUACCUUUGUGUGUCUGGUGGAUAUAAAGUAUGUUCUGCACUCUGUGCUCCUAUAUCCUGUAUGACAUGCUAUAUGUUAUAUCAUAUAUGAACCCGCGAUUGUGGUAAAGCAAUCUAUAACAGACCAAGGACCUCAUUGGGUGCAGGACACCUGCAUUGCACAAGAUAAAUUAGCUCUAGAAACAGCAACAAAUAUGGCUUCUCUGUUGGGCCGCGUGUAUAUUAGGAAGGAAGGCGAUCUGCCUUCCUUCUGAAUAUACAUGAUUAUAUAUUGUUUUUCCAUUGAGUCUGUUUUGUGUCUAAAUGAGUUUUAUUACUUCAUUGCAUUUUCUAUAGAUGUUUUAUGGUCCACAGCCAUAUAUACAGUAGGUAAGUGCAAUAAAUUGGAUGCAUUCAUAUAUAACAAUCUAUAGAAUCGCCCACUCAACCAACAUGGGGAAAAGGGUGUUAAAGAGUAUGCAUCUGAACAUGCUUUCUUCUUUGGGGAGACAGUGUAAGUUGUUUACAUUCACUGAAUUUAUUACUUUGUAGGUUUGCACAAAUAUGGCCACCCCCCCCCACAAAAUGUUGCCCCAUGCUGUCCUGGAAGAUACUUCAUCUUCUACACUUAGAAAGGAUGGUGUUAAUGUACUUAAUUCCUUAUGCUUCUUCCCCGCCAAGGGCACAAGGGAAGAUGAACACCAAAUGUGUUUACCACAUAGGAACUCCAGUUCUAGCACAUGGGGGUCCAUUUACUAAAGUGCGCUAAAUCUGCCUUUAAGUUUCCGCAUGUUAUUUCUGAGAAUAUUUUUCCGCCAGAAUAUUCGCAGCGACUAAACAGCGAUGCGACCAGAAGUCAUUGCGAACUACGUUAACGAACCGGCUUACGUCAGGGGUAAUUUUAGCGAGUUGCGAAUUUUCUGGCGACAAAUUAAGUUUUUGCGAAUAUUUAUGCUAUAAAAUAGUCUUG